AUGACCGAGGUCUCUGACUUCACUUCCGCCCUUAAUGGGGCAAUCGAGCGCCUGGACACGCUUCAGGUCAAAGGGCGCUACUUCACCCAGCGACGUUUGCAGGACGACUUCAAGAUUGGUGGGACGGUUUUGGGAACUGGCUGCAGCGGUGCAGUGCUGGCUGCCACCUCCCGCCACAGACCUGGACGCUUUGCGAUCAAGACCUACGACUUGCAGUAUCUGGACCUUGGCCAAAAGGAGCGUCUGGUUGCGGAGGUGGAGGUGUUUCUCAGUCUGGACCACCCGCACAUUGCUCGGCUCUCGUCAGUAUAUGAGACCAAAGAUCAACUCAGCCUCGUCAUGGAAUGCAUGGAAGGGGGCGAGCUCUUUGAGCGUGUUUGCCAGACCGAUCGCUUCAGUGAGCACGACGCCGCGCAGGCCACUUGGCACAUGCUCCAGUCCGUCAGCUACAUUCACAGUCGAGGGGUGGUUCACCGCGACCUCAAGCUCGAGAACUUUCUCUAUGAUGCUCCGGGCAGCGAUUUCCUGAAGCUCAUCGACUUCGGCUUCAGCAAGUUCUUCCGCGUGAAUCAAAAGAUGAGGGAGGCCAUGGGGACACUGGCCUACGUGGCUCCCGAGGUGCUGAAGCACCGCUAUGCCAAAGGCAGCUGUGACAUGUGGAGUCUCGGCGUGAUUGUCUUCAUCCUGCUGAGUGGGGAGAUGCCUUUUGGUGGGCGGACGGAUGCGGACGUUGCGCGGAAGAUCAAGGCUGGCAAGUAUAAGCUGGACUGGAACAAGUGGUACAGCAUCUCCAAGAAUGGCCGAGACUUCAUUGAGCAUCUGCUUGUGGUUUGCCCCAAGAAGCGCAUGGAUGCCAUGACGGCGCUGCAGCAUCCUUGGAUCACCUCCUUUGUGACCACCCCAAAUGUGCGCGGAAGCGUCGUGACUUGCUUCCUGAACUUCGCGCACGCGACCAAGUUCCAGAGGGCCUGUUUGCAAGCCAUGGCGUGGAGCUUGACCCUGGAGGAGCGUCGGAAACUUCGUGGCGACUUUAUCCAGCUCAGCCACCAGGGGGUCAUCAAGCAGCAGCAGCUUCGUGAGUUUCUGGCAGGACAGCUCCAAGAAGGCUCCGACAAGCAUCAGGAAGCACUGCGGGCCUUGGACAUCCUACAGAGCCAGACUGGAGACGACAUCAGCUACAGCAGCUUCCUGGCCGCCAUGAUGGCGUGCACGAAGCUGGACGAGACCGCCCACGCCGCCAAGUCGGCCUUCCGCCGGUUUGACCACAACGGCAGUGGAUACCUGAGCCCCUCGAAGCUGCGUGAAGUGCUGGGAGAGGAUUUCGACAUCGACGUGAUCUUCAAGGAAGUGGACCGCGACAAGGAUGGCAAAAUCUGCAUCGACGAGUUUCUGGCGCACCUACGCGAUGUCCAGAGUGCCGUGGUCGAGAAAAGCUUCAGUGAGGCCUGUCCAUUUUCUUUGAACUGGAGGCGUGCCGGGAAGUCGCAACAGUCGAGCCCGCACAGUCUCUUCAGGCGUGCAACAACUUGGUUUGCCGGGCUUUGCGGAUCAUCAACACUGUAA